CAAUCCUUUCGUGCAUCCUCUUGCAGGGUACCUCCUCGUCUUCCAGCUUACGUCACGUAGACAUAUUCUGACUGGGUGUUGAGAAGAUGGGUGUGUCUAAAACCUUAAGGUUUCAUUCAUAAAUAGUUUUAGCUUUUAAAUCAAAAUUAAGGUGUUCGGCGAAGACAUUACAUCUGCAUGAAUUAUAUUUAGGUGAGUUAUACUUCCUCAGUUGUUCCAAACUGUGAAUUACGUGUGUGGCAAUAUGUAUAAUAACGUUACGAUUUUAUUGAGAGUUGCAUGUACAGUCCGAGGAAUUCCAUGUACCUUUCUGUGCUUGGUAGUCAUGUCUAAGAGGAAAGGCUAUUGAGUAGAUGUUGCAUGCAAACCGACAACAGCUGUAAAAAGCCAUCGCUUUUAGACCGGGGAGUCAUCGAAUCCAAGGGAGAUAGUCUACGCGAAGAGCUGCUUAUCUCUGUGUUAUCUAAUUUUGUCUUUAGACUAAUAUUAACAAUUCCUUUUCAGCGUCGACAAUCAACUAUAAAAUGUGGCACUUUCGCCCCCCCUCUCAUUUCACGUGCAUAAAGUGGGCGAUGCAUUAUGUAUUUUUUUCACAUUUUAUUUUAUAAAUGUCUUCUUCGUUACAGAGCCACACACGAGGUGAUUUCACACAUAGCCUACACUGAGUUAUCAGUUCAUUAAAUAUUCAUCGUGACGAUGUAUGCAAACAUCAUAUAGAGGGCGUGUAAUCGAUCAAGAUGAGAAAUAAGUAACAGAUAUGGGGGGGUAAUGUGGUCCAAGCAUCGGGACUCCCAGAGAAGAAACAAGAUGCUGUUCAUUAGGCAAUGUACAGUAGGUUAGGUUUCCAUACAGUAGCCUACGGUAAUCCUAGAGCAAAAUAGGGGGUUUCCUUUUGCGUCAGGCCGCUGUUAAUAAUGCAAUUAUAUCAACAAAGAUGGCCUGACAGUGAUAUUUCAGAGGCAUUUGCAAACCAUGAUUGUAUGAACUAUACAAUAUAAUCAUUUAAAAUCAGUGAUUUCAUAACUGCUUAGUAUACAUUUGACAGUGAUCACAUAACUUAAUUAACUGUAUUUAGGGAGUGAUGUAACAACAUGGACAUAACACAAUCUAAUCGUCACAGUCUCCAUUAUCAUCACCAUCAUUAUUAUCAUUCAAACUCAUUCCAUCCUGAUGUCUUCCUGUCAUUUGGUUGUUGUUGUAUUGAUCAUAUCUAUAGAAAGGAUUUAUUUUUUUAAUUUUAUAGGGCUGUGUGAAAAAGAUGUUUAGGCUCUGAUUGUCAUUAUAUAUGAAGCAAUGUCUUGAUAGCUGUGAACUUGCUGUGUGACACAAGAUUUGGCACUGCAGACACUGCAGCCAUUAGGAAGCAGGAGAAGCAGGUGGGUGGGCAAAGGCAAGCUUAGAAUGCAGAAAGAGCUGAGCUGAAAAGGCUUCGCAGGAAAACACACCGAACACUGCUCAUAUUCCACCGAGAAAUAGAGAGAGAGAGAGAGAGAGAGAGAGAGAGAGAGAGAGAAAGGAGUGAAAAGGCUAGGCAGGGAAACAUACUGAAGACUGCUCAUAUUCCACCGAGAAAUAGAAAGAGAGAGAGAGAGAGUGAGAGAGAGAGAAGUGACACUGGGUGAAUAGGUACAACGGAGAGACCAUUCUGCAUGUUGCUUUUUUCCUGCCGUUUGAUGGGGGAGCGCUGAGGAGGGGGAGGACAACGCUCGCCUGGACCAUGAGCAAUGAGUCUACCGUCUGGAAAAACCUAACUGCAAACCCUACUGACUUCCCAUUAGAGACCGGGAAACAGGAUGGCUACGUCCUCCUGUUGGUCCUUCUCUCCAUCUUCCUUGGGGGGACGCUGGUCCUCUUGUCUGUGCUAUUGAUCGUCUGUCGCCACUGCUGUGAUGAAGACCGGCGCUAUGCACGGGCCAGUGAGGAUCCAGAGAAGACUAAAACCUCCUACCUUGAGGAAGCUCAGCCAGUGCCUGAGAUCACAAUCAGAGUGGAUGAGUCAGACUGUCUGUCAGCCGCCAGCUGCCAUGACAUGGAGGCCGACCGCUUUCUCUCCACCGGCACCGCUGGCCGCCGGGUGUCCUUCAACGAGGCGGCACUCUUUGACCACGGCAAGAAGGCGCAGGAGAAGGGCCGCAGGUACACCCUUACAGAAGGUGACUUCCACCACCUGAAGAAUGCCCGGCUCACACACCUCCACAUCCCCCCACCUGCGCUCAAGAUAGUCACCAUCCACGAGUGUGAGUCAUCGGAGAACAGCAUUGCCAUGACGACACGGCCCGCCUCCAAGUCCAGCCUCUCCAUCUUCCAGCCCUCGGUGCGACCCCCGUUGCCCCAGACGGCGCUAACCAGCCUGAGUGUCAGCCCCAGCUCCACGCUCCCUGGGGACGCACUCAACUCCUCCGUGGACACAAGCUUCAGCAUGAGCGCCCCCCCUGGACCCCCCAGCCAGAGGUCCGCCAUGAUUGAGGUGAUGGGGGGCAGCUCGCGGAACGGCGGUAGUCCCGGGCGUCGUCAGCUGGGUCCUGGUGCGGGGGCGUCAGCCACGGGUGCAUCUUCGGCCACCUCUGUCCAGGGCCCCGUGCUGCAGUUCUUCACCAAGCUGCGACGGCACGCCAGCCUGGAGGGGGCCAGCCCCUACUUCAAGAUCAAGAAGUGGAAGUUUGACAGCACCCAGCGGGCCUCCAGUUUGGACACCCGAGGCUCCCCUAAGAGGAGGCAGUUUCAGCGUCAGCGAGCCGCCAGCGAGAGCAUGGACCAGGAGGAGCACGACGCUCACCACAUUGACCUCAUCCAGUACAUCGCCCGCACCAAGGACACAGUGUACCACCACCACCCCGCGCCCCCUCGCCUCCGCUCGCCCCCCUCCACACCACCACCACCACCUUCCCUCGAUGAGAUGCGUGUUCUAAUUCGGGGCCCCCUUUCCUGCAGGCUAGAGGUGGAGGUGGUGGUGGAGCCCAGGUGUAGUUCGGGGGGCGGCCUGAUCGGGGCGUCCUCCGAGCUGCCGGACGAGCCGGCGGGGCUGGGCUGCAGUCGGGAGAGUUCGGACCACCAGGCGCAGUACCGUGAUAUCUGGACCCUGCGGGCCUCCCUGGAAAAGCACGUCUCCUCUGACCGGAGCAGCAGCAACGACAGGGACUCGGUCAGGAGCGAUGCCGACAGCAUGUGCUCACUAGGGGGGAAGGCCGAGAAAGGGGUGCUGGGGAGCAAUCCCUCGCAAGACAUCGGGGACGAGAUCGAGGGAGACAUGGACACGUUGCCUGCGGACCAAGUCGAGCCCAGGGCGAAGCAAGACAGCCUAGACUCGGAGAAAGGGAGCGACGGAGAGUCGGGCAACCGGAAGCUGCUGCAGAUGGACAGCGGCUACGCCUCUAUCGAAGCGCCGUCCCGCGCUCCCGAGGAGCUGCGGCGGUUCGGCAGCGCCGGCGGCAGCACGGACGGCUCGGUCCUGGAGCGCCGGCGCUUCUUCACCAGCUCGAGGCACAGGGGCACCGUUUGCGAGAGCCUCGAGUCGCACCUUUUCGACGAGGAGCUGGAGGAGGAGCAGGGGGCCAGCGGCGGCGUCAGCGCCGGUCUGCGCUUGGCAGAGAAGGAGGGCGCGGUGGCGUGGGCACCGUAUGGUCAGAUGUUCACUCCGCACAACACACAGCAGCAGCAGCAGGCGCCGUACGGCCAGAUGUUCACGCCGCACAACACACAACAACAGCAGCAGCAGCAGCAGCAGCCAUCCCGUCCUUUCCUGCAGCGUCGCGACUACAGCAUCGACGAGAAAACCGACGCCCUUUUCCACGAGUUCCUGAGGCACGAUCCACAGUUCGACCAGCCGGAGUCGCCACUGCGCUCGAAGCACCGCUUGCGGAAGCAGUGGCAGCGUUCCAAGCAGUACAGCGACCCCGGGCAGCGCCUCGCGUCCUCCUUCGACCGCCACCGCACACCCCCCUUGCGGCGGGGGGAGAGCGUCAACUACCCGCUGGAGACCAGCUACCACAGCACGCUCCCGCGCAUUGUAAGCGCGCCGGACGAGGAGGCCGGCGAGGGGGCGCCCAGCACCCCGGACGCCCCCAAGCUGGACGUGGAGCAGGUGGAAGUGGGGAACGACCAGAGGAAAGUCAGCCCCAGCAGCAUCUUGGGGACGGUGAGGGACAAGGAGGAGGAAAGGUUGUCAGGUUCAGCACUGGCGUCAGAGUGUGCGAUCGAGCAGACGGACGUGGGAGAGGAAUGCAGGCAGGCAGGCCCGCCACCCGAUCCCCUGCACGAACGUUCCCCUCCUCAGCUGCCGGAAACGGGCUAUGGCCCGCAGACCAUCACGGCUGAGCUGACCGACAAACUGGCAACCAAUCUAGAAGAGCGUCUCUACACUAGUCUCCGCAGGACCAAGGACACCUCAGAGUGUGUGGUGGCCGUCACACACACCUCGCCCGACCACAGCCCAGUGUAGCACAGCUCCAGUCACAGCGCAGUCACACCAUAUCUGCUGUAACACACUCUUCACGACUUGUUCUCCACACCCUUGGUCUCCACCGAAGAGAUAGAAAAGAGUAGAGCGGACAUCAUUUGACCACUUCCUGUAUUGUUGAGGUGCGUGGUGACGCAUGUUGCCGUGGAAACAAUUCAAAAUCAACACGCUAAUCUUCUGUUCAUAAUUUAUUUUAUUUAAAUGUCUUGGAAUUAUCAAAUAUUGAACAAAGCACGUCACAGACAUCCCCCUGGUUUAAUUGAAUUCCUCCUCCGUGUUUGAAACGGAAUAAAAUGAUGCCAGGAACUACUGUGUUCCCCGUUCUACUCUUUUCCUACCUCUGUUGUUUCAACCCAGAUGUCCUUCCUUGAAUCUGUCUGUAGUAGAGCCUGAGAGACACUCAGCCACAAAACCCAUCCAACAAGCCUUUGCUUUGUUUGUUAUGUUUCUUCCUGUGAAUAUCUCUCUCUCUCUCUCUCUCUCUCUCUCUCUCUCUCUCUGUCUAUGGAUGUGAUUACUUCAGAACCCAGUAUCUUCUCUGCACUAGUUAAUCCACUGUGAAAUUGGGUGCUAAUAGAUUAUAUCAUGUAGACCAAGUUUACUGUAUUUUAACCCUGACAGAGUUAGAGUGUGUAACUGUAGUUGAACACACUAGUAACCUGUAAACAAUCACUGAAGUAGUUAAUAUUUCAUUAUCAUUGUGCUACCUGUCACAUACCAAUGACAUAAUAUUGCUAGUUAAUAUUUCUUUAACUUGUGAAGAGUUCAGUGAAUUUUAUUUGACUGACUGUGAAUUUUGCUUCAUGAUCUAAUGUGCAUUUAUAUGUACAAAGCCAGGACAUUCAUUUCCUGUUCUAUAAAUGACGGAAAACAACAGCAACAACAACAUAUUCUUUAUGUCACCAAAGGGGACUGAUGUCUUACAUGUGGCAUUUAGUUGACCUUUUCUGAAAAUCACCAUGGCCAUGUUUAUAGUUUAUGCAGUUUUACAAGUCAUCCAAUUCUGUCCCCACUUAUUUAGAGAUUUCAGGGUCCAAAUUGUGGAUCCAGGUUUUUAAACAGACUUUGUUUUUACGAGGGACACAUAUUUCAAGUCAAGUCAAGUCAAGAUGUUUGCAUCAUAUUUGCAUCAUUUCCAUCUUUAUUUUGAAAAAGAUGAGUCUACAUUCUCUCUACUUUUUCUUGUAAACAACAUCCCAGAAUGUGUGUGUGUCCUUCAAUGAAUGUGGCAUUGUGUGCCGUCUCAUUGGAAGGGAAUCUAAUUAGGCCAUGAAGCUUCUCACUGGCAUUUCCACACAUAUUUGGCAUGUAGGUAUUUAGUGGUAGCACAACGUGAUUGAUUCUUUUUUUUUGUUUUCUGUUUUUUUUUACCCUACAUAUCACUUUACACGAAGAGCAACUGAGUCAGCAUGUAUGUCUAUGACCCACCACCAACAGCAUGCCACCACCAAUCAGUGGGUGUGAUUUUUCUAUGAAGUCUCCUUCAUUUGCGGUAUGUACAAGGAGUUAAGCUUGUACUUCUAUUCAAAUUGGAUAUGGACAAGAGAUGGAAACACUGCCUGGUGUCAUAGCCAGCUGUCGUC